CUUGAGGUGGUGAGACUAGCCAGGAAGAGUUGCCACGAGCUCAUCCGCAGCCAUGAAUCGCACUCAAGGAGGAGCCAACGCCGAGUCAAAGGUGCAAGGAGAAGAGGAGGCUUUGCUCGAGUGCUCCACUUCAGCAACGUCCGCAUCGCAGGAGGGCCAGGAAGACAGCCAAGUGUCGCAGGAGAGCGCAGAGGAGAUCAAGUCACGAAAGCGCUGGGCUGAUGUGGAGUCGGAUGACGAGGACCACACCCACUUUGAUUUCCUCGGUGCCAAGGGCGUGCUGAUUGAGCGCAGAGAGACGACUGAUGGAAAGGCAGAUGAGGAUGAAACUCCGGCAUCAACUGAUGAAUGGCAGGAGGUCGGGAAGACUUCCAAGAAGAAGCCAAAGGAGCCGAAGGAGCCGAAGGAGCCAACGGAGCCACGAGAGCCGCGGGCGCCGAGGCGGGAUGAGCGGAAAUCCGGCGAACACCGCCGCGGUGACCGUCGCGACCGGCGCAAAGAGGAUGACAAAGACAAGAAGGAACAGCAGCCAAGGCGAAGGAAUGACAGUGACAAGCCUGAACGCGACCAGCGCAGGAAAGGCGAUGCUGACAAGGCCGACACAAAGGAUCCAAAGCGACAGGGCCAGGGUCAGGCGCCGAAAGAGACUUGGAGAAGGAAAGACAGCCGCGAGGAGCCGAAAGAGGGGGCUGCACAGAAGGAAUGGGUGCGCGCCACCCCAAAGGACGAGGCCAAGGCGGACAAGGGUGACAAGGGCGACAAGGGUGACAAGGGCGAGGUCAGGGCCGAGAAGGCCAACAGUCGCAAGGAAUCAGAUGACAAGCCGCGGCAGCGCCAGGCCUCAGGCCGUCAGAACGAUGGCCGGGAGGGCCAGAAGAGUGAGGGCCGUGAUCGUAGGGGCGGCCGCGAUCGCGGUGGCCGGAGGUCUGGCAACGGCUCCGGCAAGGGCAACACUGCAGAGGACUGGUUUGCGAGCCGAAUGCAGGCUGCAGCAUAAAUGCAGCCAAGCAGCUCGGCACAGUGUGGGGACGCUGCCAUCCUCCCCUAAGGGCGUGGAGUGUCGCCCUUGGUUGGCUCCUUCUCCUGCUGAAUCGAGCCCACUCAAUGGCGUAAAAAUGGCGAAGUGAGUAUCCUG